AUGGCGGUUGUGAUUCUGACCCGAGAAGCACCCCCUGGCGCUUGCACUUCUCCCAAUAGGCACACAAAGAUCGCCCCUUGGCGACAGCUCAUCGCUUAUUUGGUCGCCAUUAUCAAGAUCCUGAUUGUUGUAGAUCUGCCCCAUUUUGGCUUUACCAUCUCUAUUAAAUUUCACUUCCUAGACUAUCCUCGGGCCGCCUCGAGCUUGCUAAUAAACUUUGGCUCCCGGCCGCUCUUGCAUGACGUAGAGAUGGGCCUCCCGUCGAGCCAUGAGACAAGAAUCACUUCUUCUCGACUGGUCGAAUCGCCAGAUUCCAUUCAGAUACCCCGUCCUUCUCUGGCGUCCACUGGUCGGACCUCCAGAAAGCCUCACGACUAG